UAAACUGAAGCUGAACUUGUGAAUAUAAAUUAGAAGAAAAUAAUUAGAAAUUGCUCAUUACUUUUUUGAAUUCCAUUUAGUUAAAUUCGUUAGUACUGUCGAGGGGAUAAGAUCAUGUGUUUUGAGUUCUCUGGUCAAAGGAUGAAAUAUGAUGGCUCUGCAAACAACGAGGUGUUUUUUGCGCCAGAUGAAAAGGCAUACACAAAGGACAACAUAUUGAUUUAUAAUAUUUUCUUAUACAACAUUCCAAGAUGGAUGAAGAUGGCGGAUAUAACUCGUUAUUUUUCUAAGUUUGGCGUGAUUUCGGAAGUACGACUAGCGGAUGAUAAAAAGAGAUCUCAUCCUUCUUGGCCGACAGUAGGAUUUGUGAACUUUGUCGAACCAGAAAGUGCUUACAGAGUACUGCAGAAAUUUAGUCAUCGUAUACGAUAUCCUCCUAUUGGGGUUAAAGCUGGACAUAGUUUGAAUCAGCCUGAUGGGGAAAAGGCAUAUAGGCAAGUGGUACGUGGAUCUCAGCAAAUGAAAGCUAAAGUUUCGAACGUUAUUAGCUUGAAUGUGCUAUCGCUAAAUCAUGAUUGCUUAGAGAUUAUUUGUGGUCUAUUAGGGCUACGAGAUCAAAUACGCUAUGUGCGAGUAUGUAAUCGUUUUCAAGAAAUAUUCCAAAUGUUAUCCAGGCGCGCAUAUACAAGGCUCGACUUUGAUGAAACCAUAAGGUUGCCAUUAUGCGAGAUACUCGACUUCUUUCGUCUUGCCGGCAAAAAUAUUGAAGAUAUAUGUUCACUCGAAGAACCAUAUUGGGAUCUUGAAUACAUCAUGAAAUCUAUUGAAAUGCGCUACGACAACGUAAAACGAAUCACAUUGGUCGGUAGUAGAAUGAAGCCCGAUCGUCUGAAGAAAUUAUUUCGCAGUUUCCCUCUAUUAAUUGAGUUAUAUUUGCAUUUUUGCGAAACAGAUGACCACUUAAUAGAAUCUCUGCAAUAUUUGACGCAAUUAGAGACCCUGACUCUCACCAAGAGGUCUAAGAUAACAGGCAAAUUUGUGAACUCGUUGGUACAGCUGAAGGUUCUAAAUUUGUAUGGUUGUAGAAAUAUUCAAACUUCCAAUUUGGUUGAAAUAUGCCGUUCCAUGCCCUACUUAAAAUCGCUCGACAUACGUCGUUGUGAACAGCUAUCGGCAAUCUUUUUCGACACCAUAGCAGAACAUUGUCAGCAACUCGAAAUAUUGAAAAUGUCUUGCCCAGAUUUUCCAUUUGAGCAUGUAUCAUUAUUACCUCGACUGAAACACAUUGAAUUGUUACUCCACACUUCUGUUUUGGUAUCACCUACACAGAUUUUUUUUUCAAAUUGGUCGAAAAUAAGUCGCAGCAAUUAAAAUGCCAUCCCCUCCCAUCCCUCAUCGCUUUCCUAUCGUUAGAAAUAUUUGCUCCCAACAAAAUUACGGUCAUCUGUGCAUACGCCCCUUCUGACCAACACUUUACAGCAAAUGAUUUCAAUAACCUCUUUCCAACAUCAACACACCCAUUUAUCUUAGCAGGAGAUUUCAAUGCGUGGAGCCCUUUUUGAGGGUCGAAUUUUGCAAACGGAAGGGGUCGAAUAAUUGAAGACUCAGUUCUUUCUUCAAACUUUACUGUCUUUAAUGACGGUUCGCCCACUCAUUUUUCUACGCACAAAACAUUUACCCACAUUGACAUCACUCUCUGUUCGACUAUACUUUCCACUAGCUCUACCUGGAACCUUAUAGAUGAUUUACAUAGCAGCGAUCAUUUCUCAAUGGUCACAAAAAUCCAACUGAACAUUUCCCGCACCCUCUUCCGGCCAAGAAUUAAGUACAUUACAGUAAUUGGUAAUUGGUUAGAAUUCAGAAAUGCUUGCGAAAUCGGUAACAGAUCACGUCCAAUUUCUACUAAUGUAAAUCAAGAGACCUCACAUAUACAUAAAAUCAUUAGAUCCGCAGCCAACCUUGCCAUCCCACAAUCAUCCAGCAAGCCUACCAAACCGGCCCCAUUAUGGUGGAGCGAUCUCCUUUCAACUCUAAGGCAAGAAAAACAAAAAGCAUGGCACGAUUACAAACGCUCGCGAUCAUCCUUAACCUUGAUCCAGUACAAAAGGGCAAAUGCUAUUUUUCGUUGCAAAGCAAAAAUUGCCAAAGCUGAUUGCUUUCGAAAAUUUACAAACAGUAUCAACUCUUCAUCGAAUACUAAGAAAAUAUGGGCUGAUAUAAAAAGAUUGACAGGGGCACCAUCUUCUCCCACAAUUUCUACUAUUGAUUCCUCCCGUGGCACUCUUCUAUCUCCUCAGGAUAUAGCCCAAGAGUUUGCCAUCCAUUUCUCUUCAACUUCUUCUGACGCCAGCUUUGAGUCCGAUUUCAUAGCCGCUAAAGAACUGCAACUAAGCUCUGCCCGUUCACUACGUUUGUCGUUAGUAAAAGGCAAAACCCCUGGUAGAGAUAGAAUUUCCUAUCCCAUGAUCAAGCAACCUCCAUCGUCCAUCAUUUCCCGUCUUCUCCAAUUAUAUAACCGCAUCCUCACCGUUAGUAAUAUAUUUACCCCCAAGUUUGGAAAACUAGCUCUGUUACGCCCAUUCUUAAAGCUGGAAAGCCUCCUCUAGAUAUCUGCAGUUAUCGUCCAAUAUCCCUGCUAUCCUGUUUAGGGAAGUCAUUAGAAAAAAUUAUUGCUGCUAGACUUUCCUGGUAUGCCUAUACAAAAGGUCUUAUUCAUCACAGCCAAGUCGGAUUCAAAAGAGGUCAUGGAACCAUUGACUCUCUUCUCCAUUUAGAUUUCUAAAUUUCAAAGGCAUUAUGAAAUAAAAAUCAUAUAACCCUCCUGUCCCUAGAUUUCAUGAAAGCCUUUACCGCAUCGGCAUCCAUAUUGUUUUGAGACAACUUGAUAAAUGGAAAGUUGGACCGAAAAUGUACAAUUUUAUAAAAUCAUUCCUAUCCCAUCGAAAAAUCAACGUUUCAAUAGCCAAUUCCUAUUCAUCCACCUUUCCCCUCCAAAAUGGGACCCCUCAAGGAUCAUCUUUAUCUGUGAUCCUCUUCACUAUAGCGUUUGAUGAGCUGAGUAUGAUUUUAUCGAAAUUUAGCACUGUUGAACACCAGCUUUACGCUGACGACGUACUCAUAUUUUCAAAAAAGUCUAAUAAUACAGAUAUCAUAAGAACGUACACAGAAAUUCUACAUCAAAUUGAUACCUGGUCCAAAACUUCAGGCGCUUCAAUUUUUCCCGAUAAGUGCAAAUUACUACAUACAUAUGUAUAUGUAAAAAAUUAAAUUGCGAUGUACCCUCACUUACUUUUUACAACAUUAAUAUAAACUGUACAAAUAGCCUUAAGUUCUUAGGUUUAAUAUUAGGCAAAAAGUACACUUUUACAGAACACUGUCAUUAUAUAAGAAGUAAACUAUGUUAAGUUCUAGAUUAGAAGUUAUUAAGUACAUGUCCACAAAGCGCUCAUUUAUCGGCUCGGCAUUGUUGAUAAACGUCACAAAGGCUCUUAUCACGUCAACUUAUCAGUACGGCUUGGAGAUUUACGGACAUAAUGCUAAAAUUAAAUUAAAGCUACUCUCGGCUCCCUACCAUACAGCCCCGAGAAUAUCUCUACGAGCAUUUCCAACAACUCCUCUGAAGAAUAUUUUUGCGGAAACUGGACUAACUUCUAUCGCAGAUAACGCAGAAGACUGUAUUGGUAAACUUUACAUUAAACUUAUAACAACAUCGAACAACGCACUUCGAAAAAUGUACAGCUUGCUACACUUCGAAAGCGUAUUCCUAAGAUACCGUCAACCAUCUUUGUUUCAAAUUUGCUAAAGAUAAUAACCUACCGCUGCAAAGGGUUCAAAUCAGUAAACAUCGAAACCCACCCUGACUACUUAAAGAGGCGUCCUUUACUAACAAUUUAGCACUAAAACGUAAAGCGAAUACAUCUCGUGAAGAAUAUAAAUCCAUUUUUUCUGAAGUCGCAGCGAAUUACAGAGCCAUGGGCUGGAAGCUGAUCUAUGCCGACGGGUCUAAGACAGACAGACUUCAUAUGCUGUCGUAAAAGAGCAAAACGAAAUAAUAACGUAUGGGCUUUUAUUCCCAUUCUGCUCUAUCUUUACAGCAGAAGCAGUUGCAAUUUUUAACGCUUUUUUGUAUGCAAUCCAAAACAAAGGCAAAUUCAUAGUGUGCACUGAUAGCUUAUCGUGCUUUUCGGCCAUCCAGAACUACAACAACUCUAACUACAUAAUUGAUUUUAUAAGAGAGACACUAACUACCAAACCAUAAAAAAUCAAAAUUAUGUGGAUUCCUGGCCACGCAGAUAUUAAUGGUAAUACACAUGCUGACCAAAUUGCCAACCAAUAUCAUCUUUAAACAUGACAUCUACAGUCUCAUAAAACACCAAAGGCAAAGUUACCUCCUCCGCGAGUGGAGUAACUAUAACCAUCCCUACUCCUUAGUUAAUCCUAAGCGUGUAAAACCAGGUUUUGGUGAGUCAAUCCACCAUACAUACGCCUUCGACUAGGCCACACAAUACUUACACACGCCCAUAUAUUAUACUUCAAGGCAUUCCACCCAAUCUAUGCCCGUUUUGCAACUCCACCCUGAGUAUAAAUCACCUUCUGUCUUCAUGCCCUAACCUUGCAUCGACUAAACAUCAUUACUUUCGCAACAUUGACCCACUUGAAAUAUUAACAAACUCAACCGAAGCCAACAUAUCUAUAUUAUAUAACUAUCUCAAAGAUACUGAUCUACUUCGUCGGAUCUAAUCGAGCCAUAAUCAACCUGCCAGCCGAAAGCCUCCGAUGCUAGCGCUGCACUACUUUCAGUUUGUAUAAUAAUUUUAUUGUUAUGUAAACCUUUAUAAAAUAAAAUAAAAUCAAAAUAAAAAAGUUUCAUAUCAAAAUUGGGAAAACUGAAUUCAUUAUGUUGCAGAAAAAUUGAAGCAAUCGACGAUAACGCGCUUCGAAAAUUUUGCCAAUUAGAGCAACUUGAAGA